AAGUUCUACUACCUUCUUUGAUCUUUCUAAGUUUCUUACCAAAUAAAUUUCAAGAUCAUUAAUAAUUGUAAAAGUUAUAACGUUUAAAUAUCAGUAUAUAAUAAGAUUAUCAGAAAAUUUAAAGUGAUAAAUACAUUUCAAUUAGAGAUGCCUGUUGCUGAUGACAUUCAAGCCUCCUGGGCGGAUGAAGUAGAAAUUGAUCAAGGUGCCUUGCCACCACCAUCCGAAGUUGUAGAAAAUGGGUUAAAAGUUGUUACUGAAUACAAAUACGAUAAUGAUAACAAGAAGGUUAAAAUUGUGCGCACAUAUAAAAUUGAAAAGCGUGUAGUUUCCAAGAGUAUUGCAAAGCGUAAGACAUGGAGUAAAUUUGGGGAUUCAGCUGGUGACAAACCUGGUCCAAAUCCAGCUACAACCAAUGUUGCUGAAGAUGUUUUUAUGCAAUUUAUCAGCAGCAAAGAAGAGGCUCAACGGCCUGAUGAUGGUGAACUGGAUGGUUUGAAGCCACCAACAAGUGGUGUAAUAUUCAAAUGCCGUACAUGUCAAGGAGAGCAUUGGACUUCAAGUUGUCCUUUCAAGCACACACAAAUGGCACAGGCAAAGGCUAUUGAGACUGCGAAAGCGGCAGAGGCAAAGGCUGCUGCUUCAUCAAACAAGUACAUUGCACCAAACUUGCGUGAAGGUGCUAAUCGUGUUGGUAGCAAAGAACCAUCCCGUCGUGACGAUGUUGCUGCUAUACGUAUUUCUAACUUGAGCAACUUUGCUGUCGAAGCUGAUCUUGAUGAUCUUGUGAAAGUAUUUGGGCCUGUUCACAAGCUGUAUCUAGCUAAGGAAAAGAGUACUGGCCUGUGCAAAGGAUUUGCGUACAUUCAUUUCAAGUUCAGGCAAGACGCUGCUAAAGCAAUCCAAACCCUAAAUGGGCAUGGAUAUGAUCAUCUGAUUUUGAAUGUGGAAUGGUCUAAGCCACCCCAAAACAACUAAAAUUUAUAUGAUAUAUCUCUUUGUAUUCAAUAAAAGUGGAUUAUUAUAA